CUGCGAGGGCUUAUAGGGCCGGGCCGGCCGCGCCCGGAGGCCGCGGCGCUCCCCGCGCGGCGCCAUGUGACCCGCGGCGCGCAGCUGGGCCGCGUUCAACGCGGGCGGCGGCGGCAGCCGGUUCCGCGCGCGGGGUCCGGCGCUUGCCGGGGGAGCGGCGCCCGGGGGCCGCGGCCGCUUUCCGGCGCCGUGCGGGGCGCGAGGAGUGAGGCGCCCGGUCCCCGCUGCGCGCUGGCGGCGGCAGGCGGCAGCGAUGCCGCCGGCGCCCCCAACUUCUCCGCGGCGCGCCCGGGCUCCCCGAGGCGCCGCGUGAGCAGCCGAGCCGGGCGCGAGGGCGCCGCAUGCGGGCGCGCCCCGGCGGCGGCUCCGGCCAUGUGCGCUGGCGGCGGCGGGCAGCGGCGGCUCCCCGCGCCCGGCAGCGGGUGAGCGGCGGCGCGGCAGCAGCGCGGCGGCGGCGCGGCCCCGCGCAGCCCCGGCACCAUGGUGAAGGAGGAGUGCAAAGCGCUGCUGGACGCGCUCAACAAGGUGACCGCCUGCUACCGGCACAUGGUGCUGACCAUCGGCGGCACGUCGGACUCCCAGAACCUGCGGGAGGAGCUCAAGAAGACCCGGCAGAAAGCCCAGGAGCUGGCGGUGGCCAACAGGAACAAGCUGACCACGGUGCUGAAGGACAAAACCGUGAGUAAGGAGGACAAAGCCGAGUUCGAGAGGCUCUGGGUGAUUUUCUCCACGUGCCUAGAGAUCCUGGAGAUCGAUAUGAGGAGAGCCCUGGAGCUGGGCCACGAGUUCCCGCUGAAUGUCCCCAAAAAGCACCUGAUCCAGACAGGCAUGAGCGGGGGAACCUCUGGCGUGGCCGCCAGGGCGAUGAGCAUCCAGAACAUGAAGUACGAGGCUGAGCACAACAUAGAUGUGGUGGAUUUGAAAGAUCUAGAAAACGAAAUCAACCAGGUAGGAGAGAUGAUGUACGAGAUGGAAAUGAAGGUCAAUGUCCCGCAGUGGACGGUAGAGGCUAAGCAAGACCCUGGGGCUGAACUCAAAUCCACCAUGAGCGUGGGUGCUUCUUCUAUUGGCAUGGUCUCUGUGGAGGAGAAUAAAUCUUUCUGCGAUAUCAGCAAAGUUCUAGCUGGGAUUAUUUUCUCCGCUGUGCUUAUUAUCGCUAUCGUCCUGGCAGUGUGUGUGGUAAAACUCUCCUAGGCCGAGGUGGGCUCUGGCAAGAGCCACCCCCCUCCUGUCUGUCUCAAGUGUUCAAUGCCUCACGAUUAACUUUGAAGUGGGUCACUUGGAUGAGCUGAGCAUUCAAACCUAGCACUUGAAAAAACAAAACAAAACUUUUGCCUCUCAAAAUCCUAAAUGCACAAUUUGUUUCUUCUUGUAUUUUAAAGAAAAAAGAUGCAAAUCAGACUGCAAAAUAGGAUGUAUUCAUUUGCUGGACUUGUAAUGGUUAACUGUGAAGUAUCAGGGUAUUAUCACUACUGGCUAUAACAGGGAUUUGUCUGCUAUUAAUAGAUCACUCUUCUCAGAAGCCUGUAUUUUUCAUUCUUGAAUAGGCUCUGAUGUUUGCUGCUGGUCAUUGUUUACAGUAUUUGAGAGUAGCACAAAUUUGGAGGCUAACACAGGUGUUUUGCCUGAUGAAGUAAAUAGAACGUCUGGAGAUUUUUUCAUCAAAUACAUGAGAUACUAUAAAGGAGGGGAAGGAUGAAAACCCCAAUAAAAGAAUGUACAUUAGUGGUUGGGGCAGAGGGCGGUGUGGAGCAGGAUGGAGGAGACAGAACAAGCAAUGUUUGAUACCAAAUACUGUCUGUAGAUUUAGACUGGAUUGUACAGAACCCAGUCGCAUAGGUCCUGUACAUUGGCACAGCAUAUGCUAAUGACUAAUGGCUUUCCAGAUACAGAGAGAAAAAACAGGGAGUUGUUUAUUCAGAAAAAUACUAACAAGCCUCUUGUUUCUCUUCCACAAUUACCAUGAUUUUAUCUUCCCCUGCAGAAAGGCUAAUUCUUACCACUGGUUCAAAUUAUUCUUUCUGCAGAAGUGAACAGUUUGAACUUCACAAUUAACUAUGGAACUAGAAGCAAUGAAUCUACCCAUGGCAGAAGCAGACCUUUCAAAACAUCCAAAAACAUCUCUAUCAUGUGGACAGGCAGGGUUUUACAUCUGUGCAGUCACAUUUCUGCAAGCUCCUGAAUUACUUGCAGAAAACCAGAAAAAGUAAAAAAAUGUAUCUCCGUUUUGUCUGAUUAAUCAUUUAGGGAAGAGGAAGCCUGAAGGACUGGACCCAUAACUGGUCCAAUUAAUCUGAUACACUGCAGUUUUGGGAGGUAAAUGCAAGAACGGCAUAAAACUGACAAUUUUAUGGGGAAGCAUUAGAAAUGUUUAAAGGUGAAAGUGUGAGAACUGACACGAACUUUGCAGAGAAGCUUUAUAAUGUCUUGUUUAUGGACCUAUGUAUUAUGCUUUCUGUUAUGUAAUUUAUGGAAAUUUGUUCUGUUUAAGUGAACGCACACUACCCAUUCAAGAAUGGGUACCUAUAUUCCAUACAUAUUUUAUAGUGCCAUAGAUACAUGGCGCACUCUACAGACAAAUACAAAGACCCUGUAAUACAGGUUUUUUUAAUAAGCAGUUAUUCUGGUGCAUUGAUUAUUAUGGACAAAUUAUUAAAAAGUCAGAUGUAUCUGGUGAAGUUACUAGUUUAUGCUUGUUAAACAGAAUCAUGUUGAGAGCAUUCUUGAAGAACUAAGUUUUGAGUUGAGAACUAAGCAUAAUUAGAAAAACUCUAGCAAACACCUUUCUUUAAAACUUAAGAGAACUGGAUUUGGGGGGGAAAGGUGUGUGUCAGAUUUGAAUCUGGUCAUUUGUAGGUGGGAAAAAAUAGUGCAAAGGGGAGACCAGAAUUUAAGUUUAUACAAUACCAUUACUAGGAAGGAUAAUACGAGUUCUGCACAUCGAUCCAGUCUAGGCUCCAUUCUUAUGGGGUUUCACAAUGUAAUAAGACUCCACACUCCUUUCUCUUCUAUCAUUCUCUAGGAUGUGCUUAGUAUGUAGCAAAUCUAGAUUAUUAGAGAUCCCAAAGAGCACUCUAACAAACUCAAGUCUGUAUUUAUUGGUGCUAUUGUUUGAGUCUGUCCAGACAUAGACAUGGUGAAAUUGCUGUGUGUUCAUUUUUAAGUGUGAAGAUCUCCUUCACAAUCAUAUUGAGUAAACAUAUUUAUGGAAAAUACAGCAAAAGCUGUGGGAAAAUGUACAGAUUUGGAUUGUCACUGCCAGUCACUACGGAUUUGUGGGUAUUUUCACUGCCUGCACUCUCCUGUUACUUAGUUCACAUGAAGAUAGAUGAGAAGUUGGACUCUAUUCUGUGCUUCUUGAACAAUCCAUAUUCCUUCUGAGAUUGGAUGAUUUAACCAAAUGUUCUGAAAAAGCAAGUAAUGCAAGUCCUGUUUUGGGUGGAUAAGUAAAUGGUAACACCUAUAGCACUCAUUUUGUAUCUUGAAAUCCUGAUGUGGGUAUACUGUUUAUCCAUGGUUAGCUGUAUAGAAGAAUUUUUAAAAAUAGGUAAUCUCAUCUUCAAAAGCAAGCAUCAGUGAGCUGAUGAGCUGUAAAUUUUCAGUCUAUGCUUUGUUUCGAUUUUGAAUAAUACAGGACCCCAAGACUUCAUGUAAGCAGUCUAUAAUUAUUUAAGUUUCACUUCAUUAUGAGUAUGCAUACAAAUUAGUAUUUAAAGGACUGGACCUUGGAAAAAUACACUUUCAAAUCCUCAGACAAAGAUGGCUGCAAAUAUAUUCAUCUUUAAUUUGUUCCUAAAAAUCUGUACUGUCUUAUGUCUGGGUUAUGUGAAACUAAAAGAUUAAGUAAAAUUCUAACAGAGGAUUGGCACCAUCUAAAUAGAUAAUGUCCCUACCAUUAAUCUCCUAAAAAAAAAAAAAAAGAGAGAGAGAGAGAACCACUUGAUACAAGUGUGCGCUCAAUGUGACAGAGCUCAGACACAACAGUACACAAAUUCAAAAUAACAUGAAACCACCAUUGCCCAGAAGUACUUUCCCCUGAAUUGAUUUUAAUGUUCUACAGUGACAACUUCCUUCUAAAGCACAGGGGUUUUUUCUGAAAUAAAUAAUUGCUAACUAUAAUUCAUGGCUGCAUUUUGGGCUACAGAGGGCAAGACACUCCUUCCACCAAAUAAUGUUUGUCUGUGCUUGAAGUGGGAGCAGAAACUGUCCUUAACUAUUCUUCAAUUAUUAUUGUUAGACAGUUUUGAAUCAUCUCAGAACAUUCUACUAUAAAAAAUACCAGGAGAAUGAUGCAGCCUGCAAAAUGAAAAGGAUUAAAUGUCUUUAUCAAUUUAACCACAAAAGCAUUGGAAUUAGCAAUGAAACUGUAUUUUAUGUGGAAGAAACUGAUGUUUCUUUUAAAUUAAGAUGUAAACAAAUGUGCUAGAUUUGCAGCCUUAGAUUUUUUCCUCAUUGGAAUGCAACCAGAAAGAGAUUGGAAGUACUGUUUUUGUAAGUGAAAAAAUGUAACAUCAAACAUCAAAAUACUCUGUAUUUAAAUAGUAUGAUAAAAAAUACAAAUACUCUGAUGCUGAUCAGUGACUGAGAAUGUUACUGUGUUUUCAGUACAACAGAAGAUUCUCAUUGCUUAAUUUCAAUCUUGUUCUGCUUCAAUUCUUCUGUCUUUAUUCAUAAGAUAUAUACAUUUUUGUAUAAGUUUGUUAUACACUAAAAUCUUAUCACUGACUUAAAUUACAUUGUUUUUUGCCUGCACAUGGGUGGUAUUUUCUUAGAAUAAAAUUUGUUACUGUCACUCUUUAUUUACCUUAAAAUAAAGCAGGUUCAUAUAACUUAUUGGAUGGAUUGCAGCAGUAAUUAAAACCAAACAAAAACUGUAAUAUUAAUACAGCUUGUCAAAGCGUUCCUUUAAACAAGAAGUUCCUAUUUCAACCAAAGUCAUUGAACUGAUAUCCUAAGCCCUCAAAUUAAAAUUUUCUUGAAAUAAACUUGCCCCUCUCAAACUACCAAACUUGAAUAGAGUGAUGUAUGUUAAUUUAUAUUGCAAGGAAAUCAGUGGUCUUGACAAAUCAAGAAAUCUUUGCCUUAGGAAACAGCUACCAGUAGGAUUCAGGAUAACAGGUACGAUGUUGCCUUCAGCAGUACUUGUUCAAUAUUGUUGCCUGGGUAAAAGUGGGCCUCUGCCUUGGGAGAUUGAAAGCUACAGAAGACUAACAUACUGGAUUCUUACUGCGUCCAAACUCUGCACUCUUUCAUCCAGCAAAGCUUGUAUUCACUGCAGCUAAAGAUGUACACAACUUACAGACUGUGAAAUUUGGUUCUGUGGUAUUGAUAGCAACUAUCAAUAGUUGUAUCAAACUAUCAAAACUGUUUCUGUUAAAUGCAGCAAUCUGUGAUUUUAUUCUGGGACUCCUAGUCUAUAAGCAUAAAUUUGUAGACUCAUUUUUAAUUUACUAACAAAACGAACACAGAAUAAUAAUAUGAUUAAAAUGACUCUCAUCUUGUAAAUUGAAUGUAACAUGAAACUCAUAGCAUUAUGAUUAUGAAAUAAAACUAAAGUUUCAAAAUUCUUCAUGUAAACAUGAAAAGUUUUUUAUGUGAAUGCAAUUACUGAAAAAUGAGUAAACUGGCUGAUGUCAACUAUUUGGAUUAAAAGUUAAACAAGUGC